AUUACGUGCACAGCUUCAGCACAGCAACCCUAUAGCAACACUGUUUAUUGGCAGGCACAGGCGACUCUUUUUCCAAACUGCACCUCGCCUCUGCAGCGAAAGAGGCAGAAAUGUAUCGUGUUUGCUGUGUCUCAUCCUGUGUAUUAUUAAGACCAACAAAUGGAUAUUUUCUUAAAGGAUAUCCUAGAGCCUUCUCAGAGGGACAUCUUCAACCUGUUGACCCAGAUGAAAACAACCAUGGCAGUCCCCUUUCACAACUCAAUGAAAGACCGGUUUUUGCUGACAGGCAAUAUUGGCAUCCCACCCCAUCUGAUCCACAGCUGCCAGUGGCCGGCCUACACCACUCACACAUCGCCCGUGGUCAAGAUGCUUGUGGAGCUGGACAAGUUAAGAAUUGCCAAAUUCCUGGGAAGACAACAGGUGAGCAGUCCAGGACCCCACAGGAGUGAGAGCAUCCAGGCUCACAUAACCCAGAAGAAAUACAUCCGUGGGUCUCAGGAAGCAGGUGUGGCUGCAGAACCAAGUCCAGCACUGUCACAAUUCAGCAUGAUUGUUAGUCCCUUUGGCUUUAGUGAUGUCUCACCAAAGAGUUAUAGUGGCUUUGGGGUGCCAAGCAGCUUUUCACCAGUGGGAUCUUCAGCUACAGAGCUGAUGGAUAUUGGAAAUGAGAGCCAAAUUAGGAUGGUUUAUAGCUUCCGUGUUCAGAAGAACAGUAACUUUGGUGGUAAUUAA